AUGAAUAGGUUAGCUCCGUCUGUGAGACCAUGCGUUAGCACUGAAAGGUUACCAACUAAACUAUUUUAUGGCAGUUAUAAUAAUUGCAGUUCGCCCAACUUAAUAGUGGUUGUAGCGUCAAUUGUGGUACUAACUUUAGGUUCAAACGGACAAGUAUUUGCAACAUCGGCAAUACGUGGAAUUCGCUUUCUACAGAUUCUUCGAAUGUUACACGUCGAUCGGCAGGGCGGUACAUGGAGAUUGUUGGGAUCCGUGGUAUUUAUCCAUCGGCAGGAACUUAUUACAACGUUAUACAUUGGAUUCUUGGGCCUAAUCUUUAGCAGUUACUUUGUAUAUUUGGCAGAAAAGGACGCUGUUGAAGAUGAAGAGGAAGGUAAAAAUACGGGAACGUUUUCCAGUUACGCCGAUGCCCUCUGGUGGGGAGUGAUAACAGUGACGACGAUCGGGUACGGUGAUACUGUUCCUCGGACUUGGAUGGGAAAAAUCGUUGCGUCUUGUUUCAGCGUGUUCGCCAUUUCCUUCUUUGCUCUUCCAGCUGGCAUUUUAGGUUCCGGCUUUGCACUAAAAGUUCAACAAAAGCAACGUCAAAAGCACUUUAAUCGUCAAAUUCCCGCAGCUGCAAUGCUGAUCCAAUGUCUGUGGAGAUGUUAUGCUGCCGACAAAAGCUUCAACUCCACAGCAACUUGGCAAGUCUACCUCAGCGAUCCAAAUCCCCCUGCUGCCAAUAACAACGCUGCAGGGGGAAGUGGCAGUAACUAUAGCAUGCCUUUAUCAAAGGUAAGCGAUAGUAAUAACUAUGUACAGCUUUGUUAG